CGUGAUAGCAAUAUGUGCUGUGUAGCCACUAAGUCACAUAGACAACAAUCUAGGUGUUAAUGUCAUCAAGUGCAUAGUUAUAAAUAAUGGCUAAACAUUAUUUUAUUCGUAUGAAGAGUAUUCAGCUUUCUGAUGAUACUUACUCGCUGUGGACAUCUAGCAAGGAAAGUACCGGUUUAACUGAUGAUGAUUUUGCAAAAACUUUGUUAGAUGCUUUUGAAAAAUAUAAAGCAUUGAAAAAGGAGGAAACAUUGGAAGGUCAUUAUCGGAAAGUUGUAGAUGGAUUGAAUCAACAGCGGUUGUCGGAUAGUAAACACUGUAAUCUUGAACUUCGUGUUUGUGAAAAUGAUUUGGAAGCUGGGGAUGGCAGACACUUGCUUGUGCACAGUUGUGUGAUGGAGGCAGUGCUGGGAGAAUUGCCGAUAAAUAUAGAACAAGUUAGUUGUGAAGGUACUGUGGCAAAUGAGGCAAUAUAUCAAGAUUUUUCUGAUUUACAAAAUGGUCAUAAAACGAGUCUAAUAGAAAAACGAAAAACACUGGAUGUUCCGAAAAUCUUUGAAUCGAUUGUGGAAUAUUGUUACACUGGUUUAAUUUCAAACUGUGCAGAAUCUUUUAAGGAAAACCUAAAUCAAAUAAUUGAAAUGCUGAAGGAUAACAGCAAAGAUAAAGAAAUGAGGAAGACUUUGUUACAAGAGUUAUUUACGUUUGAUCCAAAUGUUGGACUACUACUAAACUCAUUUGGUGUUAAGAAAGAACGGGUUUGCAAAAAGAAAACUGAAAGUUUUAUUAAAAAGCAUUCGAUGGAGACGAUUUUUUCAUCAAAUAAAGAAGUUGAGAAUGAUAGCAAAGAUGUGGAUUUUGUUCCGGAGGAAAUAGAGACUGAGAAAAGUUCAGACGAUUCAAGUUUUGAAAUAGAAACAGAAAGCGAUUCUGAAAGUGUUACGGAAAAACCACGCCCAUCAAAAAAAAAUCUGAAAAAAAGGGAAAAGUUUGAGGAAAAGGGAAAUAUAGAUGAUCGAAUAUACAAGAAGCCGGUCGGUUCGUGCUGUGAAGAAAAGUUCUUCAACAAAUUUCUAUUCGCUCUUCAUGUUUUUAAACACCAUUCAAAUGCUUUAGCACAUUGUCCACUCUGCAAAACAAAUGUCAGUGUGAAGGAAUUCACAAAACAUUGUCAAGAUAUUCACAAAUUGCCUGAGUUUUCAGCUUCGCCAAAACCAAUGGUUGUCACUGUAUCUGGUAGCUUGGAAGAACUGGAACAUAAUGAUGUCCCAUUAGAAACCACAUCUUCCCAGUUCAACGUUACUUUGCUUCAUCAGAAACCGGACCAAGUUAGUAUGGAUGCCGUGCUUUCUGCUGCUCAACUUUUGAUUCCAGGUUGGGAACAGAAUACGGAAUGUAGAACCUGCAAGCAAUCUAUGACAUUGGCUUUUUAUUUCAGACAUUUGCAGGAUCAGCUUAGUAAAGCAAUGGAAAUCUCGAAUAUUGAAAAUUGUAGCACUGCUGCUAAGUGCCUACUGUUUGAAUGCAACUUAUGCUUAGAAUCAAGAUCAGUGGCUCUCAAACCGUGUCGGCUUAUCCCAAUGAUAAGAAACCAUGCGGACCGUUACCACGGCAAAAACGCCGUCGGUAGCCAGAAGGUGAAAUGCCAAAUUUGUAAAAGGUUUAUAAUGAAAUUUAACAUUAACAAGCACUUACGAUACCAUGAUAGCAAUCCAGGGAAGAUUUUAACAGCAGCGUGCGAUAUUUGUGGCAAGUUGGUUUUGAAACGUCGCUUUUCUAAGCACCGCCGAAUUCACUUUGACAAAUUUCCAUGCCCACAGUGCGACAAAAUCUUUAACCGUAAAGAAAACUUGCAAGUCCACCAGCGUAUUCACAGCGGUGAGAAGCCCUAUAUUUGCGACAUGUGCGGCAAAAGUUUUAACCAAUACGUCGAACUUCGCUUGCACAAUCGAAAACACCAACGUGAGCAGAGCAAGAUGGAAAGUGAAGAAAUGCAGCAACAAACAAUUGUGUUCACACAAAACUUGCAAGGCCGAAGGACUAUCAUUUGUAAUUCCAAACUCAGAUCCAAAGGAGAGAAACGGAAAUAGUAAGUUCUUGAUCCUUUGGAACCUUUUGCAACAUAAAGGUUCAAUGUACUUUGAUGUGUCGUUCAUCGCGUUUUAACAAGCUCUUCUCUACUAAUAUAAUAAGCAAAUAUGUUGUAACUUUAAAGGAAUUUUUGCUAAAGAGCAUUUCAGUUUAUUCAUCUUUUUGCUGGUAGAUUUUAAAUUAAUUUCGAAAAAUUUACCGUAUUUCAGUUAGAGUAUAUUUAAGAAAAUCUAUUCGUUAAUGUGAGGUAUGAUAGUAGCGUUCAAAAAUUAUCGGCACCCCUUAAAAACACUGUUAAAUAAUUUUAAUUAAUGAUGUUUAAAUUUACAG